AACUCUCCACUCGGAAUAUCCGAUUCAAAUAUUAUGUAAGCAGUCACCGUAUUAAAUAUGUCUCUGAAUUUGUGCAUUAUCUUUAUAAUGCAUAUUAACGUAAUAAUUUACCAACUACCUAAAUCAUACGGACGUGUAAUCGAGGUUAGUAAAUAUUGACAAGAACAUAAAUUAUUCAUAAUAUUUUAAUUUUAGAUUUUAAAUGCAGCGAAGGUAUCUAUUAGUUUUAAUAAUAGAUAUUAUGUUCACUUGCUACUAGCAUUUGGCGAAGUCUAUAAGUAGAUGGAAAAUUUAGUUGGUUUAGUGGCGUAUUUGAGGGGGGGGGGAGGCAAUAGGUGAAUCGCCUCCUCCUUGGAAAUUUUUGGCUGUGAUUUUUUAAUCACGGUGAUAGGCUUUAGACAAUAAAAUAAUAAAUUAUUUAUAACCGUGUUAUUUAUUAUUCCAUUAAUAUAAGUGAUGGAAAUAUUUUAAUUUUAAACAUCAUUAAUUUAAUUAAAAAUUUAAUAUAAUAAUUGAAAUUUCAGUUUUUGGAAGAAAAAUUUAGCCCGCAGGACGGACAGCUGCCAACCCUGCUCCCUCCCCUGCGCGCAUGCCUAUGGCGUUACCAAAAAGUAGUGAUAAUGAUAUAACUAGGGUAGUUUUUUAUCCAUAAUACAUAUAUAAAGAUAUCGAUGUGGAUGACCAAACAGUAAUUACCCUAGAUGGGUCUGUAGGAGAAAUAAAGAUUAAAAUUAUUUUAAAAUUGUUGUAGAUAUUUUUGAGUGUGAUUGUUCGAUACGAAUAUAUUAUAAUGUAUACAUAUUAUGUAUAUUAUAUUACGGCCGUUACGAGUAAACGCCGAAAUCUAGCAAAUUUCAGAAAUGCCCGGACAAAUCUAUAUAGUAUAUAGUGACCAACAUCAUUUAGGCAAAACUGUAAACCGAUUUCCGUUUUUGAUCGAUAUAUAUAUUAUAUAUAUACAUCAUUUUUUAUAUAUAUAUUAUUAAUUAUAGUUUAUACCUAUAAACUAUUUUUUUUGAAUUGCCACGGAGAGGAAUUUUAAAAUAAAUAAUAACUGUUACUUUUUUUCUCACAUAGAGAGAAAACCUCUCGUGAUAUUUUGUGUUGUGUUACAAUUUUUAAACCGCCUCCUCCUUGAUAGAGCUCCAGAUAAGUUACUGAGUGGGUUACAUAUUAUAAUAUUGCAAGAGCUUCCAAUGCAUUUUUUAGUAUUUUUGCACCAACAAACUUUUGCAUCCAUGUUAAUACUUCUCCAAUUACUAUCUGACUAUGUCACUGUAUGUAUACAGACAUAGAGUAGAACUUUGAUUAUUCGAACUAAUUAAUAUGAAGGAUGGUCCACAUUAAAAGUUAUACGUAUGGUAUGUAUAGACAACAGGUAUAUAUAUACUAGACGAUUCCUCUGGCUUCACUCGAGUUACCUAAUCAUUUUUUUAGAACAAAUAAACAUCUUGAAAUUUAAAUUUAUAAAAAGAUUUUAUUAAGAAAUAUGAAAAUUUUGAGUUUAGGUGGAAAAACAAUUUAACACAAAUACUGAGAGUAAUUUUUCAUUUGAAAUUCAUGUUUAUAUUGAAAUAUUAUUAUUGUUAUUAUUAUUUGAGCUUUUAUUGAAAUAUUCAAGAAUUAUCAUUUGAAGCUAGAAAAAACAUUCAACACUGACACUGGUAGAAGUUCUAUGAAUUAUAAACUGAAAAUUAAUAAACAAUCAAUAUUUUAAUGCUUUAAAGGAAAAAAUAUGGGAAAAAUACCAUUAUGAAAUAAAAUCAGAAAUAUUUUCUAGACUUUUAUUGUGUUGCUCGUCUGGAUAAUUGGACUUCCGAUUGACUGGCAUUCGGAUAAUCGAAGUUCUAUUAUAUACCUAUAUAUUAUUAUGAUAUAGUGGGUUUAAUCUUAAAUUUUAAAACCUAAAACUUAAGUCUAUUUAUUUAAUUUAUAAUUUUAAAAAAUUACAUAAAUUAUAUUAUAAUAUUUAUAUCUAUACUAUUUAUUAAAUGGGUUCCGUGGUUCAAUCGAUUAUUAUUGGAUUUGUCAUACUUUUAUAGACUGAUAAGCGGAAGUAAGUAGUAUAGUAUAGUAAUUAGUAGUCCAAUUUUAAUUUUUUUAAAAAAGUAAUUUUAGUUUGCUAGUGAAUUUUGUAUUAUUUACGGACUAGAAUCGAUUAACAAUUAAUACAGGUUAAUGGUAUAGUGUAACUAGAACAGUAAUACGAUAAAACAAUUUAAUUUAAUGAAAAGAGAACGAAGGAUCAAAGUUUGCUGAACGAGGGAAACGAAACAUGGGAGUAUUAGCCAUUAAUAAAUAAUAAAGAAGUUGGUAGGUAUGUGAGGAAUGUGAAAGAGAAUAGAGAAAUGGGUAUGAUGAGGAAGAAAUGUAUUUCAUUGAAUAAAGAAGGGGAACCGAUUUUAUUGAGAUAGACAUUUGGAAAUAAAGCGAUCGUAUAUUUGUACGUAAAGAUUAACCGUUGCUAACGAAAAACGAUUCUGAGUGGAGUUCGGUUAAUAGUGUUGUUUUGUGAACAAUGUAUAUGUCACAUUAUGGUAAAAUAAUUACCAUGCGAUAGAUAUUUUCUUUAAAAAAUAUUUGUUUUCUCGUUUUUCCUACGUUUUUAUCGGUUUUUCCCAUGUUUUAUCUCAUUUAUUGGAAAAACUCUUGAGAAAAUCAAAAAAUGGCCUCUCUAAAGUACUAUCCCAGUCAGAUAUCAUUGUAAAUUGGAGCUAAAUUGCUGUAGAAAAGGUGUUCACAGAAAAAAAAAAAUUUGAACAAUAAAAUAUGAAUGAGGUAUCUAUAAAAUAAAUAAAUCCCUAAGGAUGGUAUAAGUUGUUUGGUAUAAACUAAUGAUAUUGACGAUAUUACGCCUAUGCGGUUUAUAGCUUUAUCUAAAUCAAUUUUAUCUUGUCCGUCAUAAGAUAGCAACACCAUAUGUUCUAAUUUUAUAUCACUUGUUGUGAUAAAUGCAGUUUUUUAAAUUUAAUUUUUGAAAAUUUAAGCUCAGCUGAACCAAAACCAAUAGACAACGUGUAUAAGGCUUUUAACCCUAAAAAUACAUAUUUUAAGAGAGGUAAAACGUAAAUGCAAUCCACUCAACUUCGUAAAUAGUUGAUAAAUCGACUGUGGUACAAACAUAUCUUCAUCGCCAAUUUCACUAUUGGUAUCAGAAUUUGAGAUAUUUUUUUCAUAAUUAGCAUUUGAAUGAAACAUACCUGGAAAUUCUGAAGUAGAAAUUAGGUUUGGACCUAGUUGUAGGUACCCAUCAUUAAUUUAAUAAUACUACUAAAUCUAUGAACUACAUAUAAUUAUAAUUUAUGCAGGUUACAUAUUUAUAUACGUAAUGCCUAUGCCAUUAUUGUUCACCACGCCACUGUACAUAUACGACUGCUCCUAGUAAUCUUAUAACAAACCGCCUCUAACGCUCAAUGACACAUUGGCGAAUAAAGAGUUAAAGUUCUAGAGGACUAAAUCGUAUUCUAAAAUCCAGGGUAUGACGAAUAAUAUCAAAGAAGAGGAAUUUGAGUUAGAUAAUAAGGGGAAAAGCUUGGGAGAUGUCAUUUAUGAAUUCAAGUAGUUUGAGGGAUUUUUAACAAGCACCUUCGAUGUGCGAGUUUCUUCAACUUAUUAGUAAAUAAGUAGUUGUGAAAGACGCUAUUAAAAACACAAAAACUUAAAUAGGCGAUAUAUCGAAACCUGCUAAAUAAAACAAAAUUAAUUACAUUUUUUUUUUUUACUGAAAUCAUGAUGAAAUACAGUAAUAAUAUAUAUAAUAUUGAUUUUGAUGCUUCAGCAGGGAUACAGCAUAACGACGUUAGAGAAAAUAUUGACACCGGCUGAACGCGAAAAUUACCUGGAAACUGGAAUUCUUCCGUCGCGACUAACGACUGAAUCUUAUGCUUCUGGUGUCACUAUUGGUGGACUGCCGGGGACGAAUGUAAGACGGCAGCGGAGAAAAAAUACUCGUAAUGGGGGUUACAGAGUGAUUCCACGGUGGAGGUAUUUUAUGGAAAAGCUGUUAUCCAAUUUCGGUACGAUUCCGGAGCUUAACACCAUUACUUCGUUACUGGGCAAUCGGAAAGGCGCCGACGCUCAAAGGAAACGUUUCGAAGAUGACCAGGUUGCAGAUAACGCUAAAGAUAGCACAAGAGCUGAUGGGACGGCUUACCAAACCAUUUUAAACGCAGCAAACAGCGAUUUGGGUCAACAGGCAAUUAAAACGGGCGUGGGCUUUUUACCAGCAGGAGGGGCACUCGUGAAAGCAUACGAACACGGAUCGAAAAUAAAUGAGGCAAUCACUGGAGCGGUCAGUUUGGCGUCUCAAAAAAAAAGCGAAGGCGAUAAAAAGAACACUGGUUCUACAUACCAAAAUCUCAAAGAUCUGGCGACCAGCGAAGCCGGCACGGCUGCCAUAAAGAUGGGAGUGGGGCUUUUACCUGGCGGUGGGCCUGCCGUACAGGCGUACGAAAACGGUACAAAAUUACAGUCCGUGCUCACCCAAAUCGGGGGUUUAGGAAAAAAAAGCAAGCAGUAGUAUAUAUAAUAUAUAUGUAUAUAUAUAUAUGUAGAUAUUUAGUACAUUUAAAUACAUAUUUUUAAUUAAUAUUAUAAUGUCAAAAUAUUUUAAUGAAUUAAACAAUAUUAGUUGAUGUAAAACCACGAUGGCUUUAAAUAAAAUAAGGAGGAAGCCCUUGAGGGGACAACAUAUUCUACUGGGACGAUAUAUUAGUAAUUACUAACAUAUAAUAUGCUAUUAAUUAAUAGCAUAUUAUACUGAGAUGACCAACUAUGGCAACUUGUUAUGAUCAAGAAAAAUAGUUAUACACCUAAUCUUAUUCAUGUUUACAAAAAUACUGCUAUGCUCAAUCCUGUACUACUCAUUAAUAAUAUUAGUGUAUUUUUAAAUUUUUAUAGAAUUAUUUUAUGCUAACAGUCUUCAAAAUGUUAUAUUAUAGUCAAAUUUAUAUGAAAUACUUAUACAUUUUUUUUCAAAAAUGACUCAUGUAAAAAUAGUUUGGAAAUAUGUAUUUUAAAAUGUUCCAUUGUUCUUAUUUUGUUCACCCUUAUUUUUAGGAAUGAAAAAAAUAUAUAUUAAUUUUGAUCUUCAAAUUGCAACAUGUAUUAAACAUUCCAUAAUUAGAUUAAGUAUUAGUUAAAGUACAUUUUGAAUUUCCAUCAACCCAUUGGAAAAAUGAGUUAAGAAAACCAUCACGAUUAAAUAUUUAGACUUUCUCACGAAAGAAAAAUUAAAUAUGAAUACUGAUACUUCUAUAAAAAAAAAAC